CUGGGCACAGGUUCAGCCGCGUCUGGGAGCUGGGAGCUCGACGAUGAUGGUGCCGGACCUCCCUGCUCCACCACCAGCACCGAGGGUCCAGAGACAAGCCUCCACCCUGUCGGCUGAUUGCACGUCGGAGGGGCUCAUGAUCAUCUACGUGUCGGCCACGAGCACUCGGCCCAACCUGGACCCCAGCUCCGUGCUGAUCCCGAACCAGGGGGGCCCGGAGUGCCUCCCCGUGCUGCUGGGAGCCGACCUGGCACGCUUCGCCUUCGCCCUCGACCAGUGCGGCACCAGGGUCGAGUUCCGUGGUGAUGUGCUCGUGUACUCGAAUGAGGUCCUGGCCACCCGCACGCGCGUCUCUGGUCCACGGGGCAUCGUGACGCGAGACAGCGAGUACUGGCUGUGGGUGGAGUGCCAGAUGAACGGCACUGCAGAUUUGGUUGUGGAAGCGCUGGUGAAUACACUCUCUCCUCCAACGCCACAGAUCGCCCUGGGCCUCUUUGCGUUUCUCCUCGAAGUGUUCCCAGAUGGACUCUAUUCUGUCCCAUAUCUGUCGGUGGACUUCCCGCUGGUGAAGACCCUCGGCGAUCCCUUGUACUUUCAAGUGUCCCUGCGGGGUCCCACAGAUCAGAACCUCGUGCUGCAUCUGGACGAUUGCUGGGCAACCUCAUCUGCGGACCCACAGGACCCAGUCAAGUGGCAGCUGGUCGUAAACGAGUGCCCAGUUCAGUCCAGCUGCUGCAGUGUGUGGUUCCCAGGAGUGGUGAACGUGAGCCCUGCCUCGUUCUUCAAGCGGUUUGCAGUGGACACCUUUGCCUUCAUGGUGGCACCAGGACAAGUUGGGACGAGGGACUUGGUUUACUUCCACUGCAGUGUUGUGGUGUGCGACUCCAGAAACCCCAGCGCCUUCCCUGAAUGUUCCAGGCAGUGUUCAAAUGGCCGACAUGCACGAAGCAUGGAUCUCACGGAAGUAGACAUGCUACCCAGGCAGCAGGUGACCUUCCUCGGCCCGUUCAUCUUCGUCGAUCUCUUCGAUGACAGCGCUCGUGAGAUUCCCUCCUCCCUGGGGCGGCGUGACGUUCUGGUCGCGACUGAAGCUGCGCAGGUGGCAGUGCAAGAGGACGAGCAGCAGCAGCAGCGGCGGCACCAGCCGUGCCCCAAUGGCCUCUUGGCCCUGUGUGCAGCUAUGCUCUGCGCCUGCCUGGCUUUCGCCGCCUUUUGGGCUCUCAGGAACACCUUCCCAGCUAUGAAAGGCGAAAAGAUCCCUGCCUAG